CCUUUAAUCUGCCAGCCAGACUUUUAAUUACCGCUCUGUUCUCCUGAGACUCCUCUUGGAGAAUUCCACAACUUCCAGGACUCAAAACCGGCAGGAUGCACUAAUGAAGGCGCCUCAGGUUAACUCUGUCUUCAGGGAUUGGGACUUCUCAUCGGUUCUUGUUUAUAGAGACCAGAGAUUAAGCAUUGGAAUCCCUGCCCUAACACUAUCUUUUGGACUGUACUUUCUCCUAAUUUCUUGGUCCGGAGCACAGAACCAAGCUUUGUCACGGGGUGUUUUAAACAGCAAACUGCCUUUCAAGGCCAGCUUUUCCAAGGCCAGAAGCAGGGUCCUUGAGAAGCCGAGGAGUAAGAAGAGAAAGUUUGAAGCAGAGGCUCUGAAGCCAGCAGAGGAAACUGGGAAGGAACGUGCAGAAAUGUCAGAGGGGAAUCACAGGGGCAUGAUGUCCUGGAAACUACAGGAGGAAAGUGUUCAAGAAAGUUCUCCGGGAGUAAGUUGGCUUGAGGAGCAGGGGUGGUGUGUCCUGCUCCAUAUAGUCCGUGGAGACAUAGCCCUUUUACGCUGUGGCUCUGUAAUACCUCUGCGCUUUGAACUCAAAGCUGAAUCGCCAGCAUCAGGCCUGCAGAUGGUGGAAGAGGAAGGAUCACCGGUGACAGCUUCUUCAUGGACCAGUGUCCUUCACCAACAUUCAACUGGCUGGAGCUUAAUCCCAUUGCGACGCCCAACAGCAAGGGAGGCUGUGACUUGUAGUCUGAAUCAUCCCUAGAAGGUGGUCCACAGGCUGGAGAAGCCCAAGGGAAGAAGGAUGCUGAGUUACGAUGGGUGGUCCUGAUGGUGCAAAGGCAGGGAAUGGACAGAGUAUCCAGGGUGAAUUUCCUGGCCGGAGAGGAGACGAUAACAAGGUUUGGAGUUGUACAUUCUGCAUUUACAAGGUGUAGGGGCUCUGAGCCCCUUACCCUCAUUUUCUUCCUUUAAAAUUCCUCUCCCUGAUAGGUCAGGGCUGAGGGGGAGAUGUCAGAAAUCAAAAAGAUACUAUUUACAGCCUAUUUCAUUUCACACACGUAAUUUCUAGGCUCCGAAGAGAAAAAGAGAAAGGAGAACAAAGGAAAACACUGGUUGACACCACUCCAGAAAAGCUAUCUGACUGAUAUUUGCCAUGAUUGUGUCACAUGGUGAGUUCAGGAGUUCCCAUCGUGGCGCAGUGGUCAACGAA